CCCUGGUCCGGCCCUCUGCAGGCAUUUGCUGUGGGCUCCAGGACGAGCACUCCAUCAGCUGGUGCUUCUGGGCUGGGACAGUGAAAAUGUUUAGUGUCAUCGGCAACAAAUACAUGUACAGGGGACCCCAAUAGGCAGGCUGGUGUGUCGGGGAGCAGGAAGCCAGGAGUGAAGUCCGACAGAGGUGUGUGUAUACAUAUACGUGUAGCUGGACACAUGUGCGCGGACUUUAAAAAGCGACUUUAGUUUUGGUUUUUGUCUCGGUUCCUGGGGUGAACUUUCUAUUGAACAUUUUUCCCUCCUAUUUGAUUUUUUUUUUUUUUGCAUUUUUAAAAAUUUGAAUAUAAACAGUGUAAGAAUCAAACCUUUGAAAGACUGAGGCGUGCAGCAGACGGCAGAUGGAUCCUGUGGCCAGCAGCUGCAUGAGGAGCCCCCACCCCCCAGCUCCUGUCUGGGGCUGCCUUCGAAAUCCCCACUCCGAAGGCAGUGGGGCCUCAGGGCUACCCCACUACCCGCCAACCCCAUUCUCCUUCCACCAGAAACCAGACUUCCCGGCGACAGCGACAGCAGCAUACCCCGACUUCUCGGCCUCCUGCUUGGCGGCCACCCCACACAGCCUUCCCCAGGAGGAGCGCGUCUUCACUGAGCAGCACCCUGCCUUCCCACAGCCCCCUGACUGGCAUUUCCCUGUCUCCGAGACCCGGCGCAGGCUCAACCCAGGCCCAGCUGGGGGCUCUAGGGAGAUGGGGGCCAGCAGCCCAAGCCUGAUGGACGCCACGGGAGGCCCAGGUGAGGACUACGAGGUCCUUGGAAGCACUGCCAACGAGACAGAGAAGAAGUCAACUAGACGGAAAAAGGAGAAUUCAGACAACCAGGAGAACCGAGGAAAACCGGAGAGUGGCAGCAAGGCCCGCAAGGAGAGGACAGCUUUCACCAAGGAGCAGCUGCGGGAGCUGGAAGCCGAGUUUGCUCACCAUAACUAUCUGACCAGGCUCCGGAGAUAUGAGAUCGCCGUGAACCUGGACCUCUCUGAGCGGCAGGUCAAAGUGUGGUUUCAGAACCGAAGGAUGAAGUGGAAGCGCGUGAAGGGGGGUCAGCCCAUCUCCCCUCAGGGGCAGGACCCUGAGGAUGGGGACUCUGCAGCCUCUCCAAGUUCAGAGUGAGAUUCUCCAUGGAGAAAAAAAGACUAAGGACUGAGCCCCCGACCCAACUACUCCCACCCCCAACCCCACUUUCACCUUCUCCCACCCACCCCAGGGCAGCAUCUCCACAUCUUGCAGUGACUCUUGGAUAUGAAGCUGCCCAGCCUUGCUGGGAGCCUUGAAGUUUCCCAGAAAGUCCUGUCCAGCAUUGCUCUGUCUUAGCAGCCCCUUCCCUAGGGCCUUUGCUUCCCACAAGUCUCGUGGAAUCAUACAGCGGCCAGACCAGACCCAAGUGAAUCCAGGGAACAGCUCCAAGGACACUGCUUCUCAGGGUCUUCUGACUGCUUUUCAUACCUCCUCCUACUCCCCUCCUGCUGCACCAGCCAGGCCUCUGCCAGGUCUGGACACCACCUGGCCUGAUGGGAGAGGAGACUUGGGACCAGCUGGUGACUCAUGAAAGCUAAUACUUCACAAGAAAGGAAAUGACUGACACACACGGAGACACACACACACACACACACACACACACACACACACACCCCUAGACCACCUUUCCUUGCUGGGCUGUAUAUCUGAGGCUGAGGCUUUAGGGCCCUUGGAUUGUCCCAAAACCCCAGGGAAAAUUAGUGUGAGGAGGAAUGAAGACAGAAACUCAGCUACUACAAACAAGAAACCAUCCCUGUCUCCAGAUUUGUUGGCUAUGAGGUGGGCAAGUUUAUGAGCGCCGGCUGGAAGAAGACAGUUGGAAAAACAACCUGGUGUAGGUCUCCGCAGUCCCAUACAGGCCCAUUUCCACUGGCUUAACUGUGGGGGUGGGGUGAGAAUGGACCCAGGACACCACCUGCUUUUUCAAAAUCAAUUCAGGAAUACAGCUGGGACUGUUGAGCAGUGCCCCAGAGCAACGGAGCAGCUAUUCCUUUUAAAUCCACAAUUUCUGGAUUGAAAAACUAUUCAGAUGCUCACAUUAUUGAGUUGAGGACUGAAAAGUGCUCCCUAUGUUCUGAGGAUGGAGAGAUUAUACUAGGGCUGCUGGGUGAAGGCCUAGAAACGUGGAAGCCUGGAGAGGAAGGUGCUCCAGCAGCAAUGUCUUGUGUUUUCAAAGGACUCUGACUGCAAGUGGGAACAAAAAGACAAACAAUCCUUCUUUCUCCAAGGGAUGCGUUCGAGCCUAUCUAGUAGUCCACAAAUGCUGUUCUUGCGGGAGGACCUACUAAGUGUAUGUGUGUGAACUGCCCACGUCCUCUGGCGUGACACUCCCGGACUGAUGGCCAAACAUCCUGGGGCAACUGAAGUCUUGGAGAGAGAUCCCUUGCCUGCUCCAGUGCUCUGUCUCCCAGUGCCAGUUGUUGUCGCAGAGGGAGGUCAGCAAGAGUUUGGAUCUCUUACAUGUAGAUUUAAUCAUUCACUUGUAAAAAGAACCCCACCUCCCCAUCCCAAAAGGACUAAUGUUGUGGGAAAUGAUUGCCAAAUGAGAUGGCUGGUUAGAGCAUGCGUAAUUUUUUCUGAAGCAUACUUCAUAUAUUUUCUUAAGAUUACAUCAAGUUAACUGUGCAAGGUCAAUUCACUUAGUAAGAAAACUCCUGGAGAAAUAAAAUCAAUAAAAAAAAAAAAAGCAAAGUUCCCAGGCCUUUUUCCUUGCAGAGCUAAGAACCAUAGCCGUGUGUGCAAGCCUCUGAUACUCACGUGAUGAUUGGCUAAUAUCUAGAAGCAACAAAAAAGGGGAAUAAUCUAGAACAAGGUAUCCCCCUUUAGGUUCUUCAAAAGGUGGGGGUGCAAAUGUAAUCGUUGCCUCCCCCCAAAAAAAACACUUUUCUCCCGUGCAACUACAUUGUCUUUAUUUCUCAUAAAAUUUUAACUUUUUGUUUCCCCAGCCUAUGGCUUAUCAAACAUUCAAAGUUCUGUAAACAAAAGAUGAACUCUUUUGUUAAUAAAGGAAUCUUCACUGAUCAUCCCAAAAUUUUAAAUUCAAAGUCUGGAGGUUUUGUUUUUCAGGAUAAAACAACAUACACCAGUAGUAACAAACAUGACACAAGAAAAAAUGCCCCCAAUUCUAUGCCUUUUUAAUUUAAAAAAUUUUGUCUCAUCAAGAUGUCAACAAUGAACAAAACAGGACUGGCUCGAGAGGGAAAGGAGGGAGCCAGGAGAGGAGCGCCUACCUGGCUAGGAUUUGGCUUUGAGACAGGCCGGCUGUGCCAGAUGUGACAUCAUCAGGAGUUGGCAAAGGAAAGCAGACUCACGAAAAUCAAGGUGCUACAGGGAAGGUUCAGGUUCAAAACCAAGCAAAACACACCCCACUCAGGCACUCAAACUUGACGCGAGGGACUUCAGAGAACAUCCACCUCUCUUGGUUUCCUUUGUCUGUCCAGAAUAUUCCUUCUCUGUCUCCCGUGCAGAUCCCUUUCUCAAUGCUGUUGCCUCCACUGCUGGUUCCCAAGAUUUCCUCUUUCUGCCCAAAGCCUUCCCUUCUUCAAGUCCUCCCCAGAUGAACCCAUCUACCUACAGUUUUUUUAUUGUGGUCAAUAAAGUACACAUAACAUUUUAACCAUUUUAAGUGUACAGUUCAGCGGCAUGAAGUACUUUCACAUUGUUGUGCAACCAUUGACACUAUUCUCUCCAGAACUUUUGCAUC